AUGACCACGCAACCCCAGGUCAACAUCGACCGCUAUGUCGUGAUCCAUGUGGCCACGACGUGCGAUGAGCACGGCGUCUACGUCACCAAGGACUCUGCCGAGGUUAUUGAGCUUGGAUGGAUUCUGCUCGACGCAAAUUCGCUCGAGGAGAUCACCCACGAGAGCGUCCUCGUCAAGCCGGUCAACACUCCGAUCACUCCCUUGUGCACGAGCCUGACGACCCUCACUUGGGAGCAUGUCCGAAAUGCCGGUACCUUCAGAGACGCCAUCAGCCGGUUCGAUGCGUUUGCCACCGAGUACCUUACAUCCAAGAACCUCGACUUCGUAUUCGUCACCCUCGAUGCCUGGGACCUGCGCGUCCAGCUUCCCCGAGAAGCCCGCGACAAGGCUGUCGUGCUGCCUCCGUAUCUGCAGCACUCGCGCACCUUCGACCUACGCACCGAGUACCAGCGUUGGCAGCAGCACCACCCUGAGUCGCUGCCUUUCGGCCCGUCGAUGCUCUCCAACAUCUGCGCCGCGCUCGAGGUGGAGCCCGUUCAGUCGAGCGCCCCCAUCAAGCACAACCUGCCCUUCCACUUGCAGGCCUUGGCCCCGGCCUCGCCUCGCCGCGCCAUGGAGGAGGCCAUCACUCUUGCCCGCGUCCUCCGAGGGCUCAUCCGCAAGUCCCAGCCCGCGCAGGAUCACCCUGACGUCUUGACUCGGCCCAUGGACGCUCGUGCCGAUGUGCGAGCCUUCCUCUCCGAGAGGAGCAAGGUCCUGCACAUGUCUGGACUUCCUCACGACACGACUCAGUCAGAACUCGAGAGCUGGUUCACCCAAUUUGGUGGCCGCCCCAUUGCCUUUUGGACUCUCCGUACCCCCGAGCAACACAAGCCCACUGGCACUGGCUUUGCAGUGUUCUCGUCACACGAAGAGGCCGCCGAGAGCUUGUGCAUGAAUGGCCGCGCGCUCAACGAAAAGGCCAUUGAAGUCUCCCCUUCUUCCAGCCGUGUCCUCGAUCGUGCGCAGGACAUCCUGACACCGUUCCCGCCCAGCAAGAACCGACCUCGACCAGGCGACUGGACUUGCCCCUCUUGUGGAUUCUCCAACUUCCAGCGCCGUACUGCCUGCUUCCGAUGCUCGUUCCCCGCUAUGGGCGCCGGGCCUGCUGGUGGUGAGAUGGGAGGCGGUGCCCCUGGGGGCUACGGUUACCAAUACGGGCCCCCGAACAUGAUGCCUCCCCCUCCUCACGGCGGCCACCACGGCCCGAUGGGUCACGGUGGACGUAUGGGUGGUGGCGGCGUCGUUCCGUUCCGUGCUGGUGACUGGAAGUGCGGCAACGAGGUGUGCGGCUACCACAACUUUGCAAAGAACGUUUGUUGUCUCCGCUGCGGCGCCAGCCGCGCCGGUGCCGCCGUGGUCGCCGACUCGGGCUACCCGUCUCCCAUGGACAACGCCUCGCAGUACAGCAUGAGCCAAGGAUCCAUGGCCGGCACUCCUGGCCCCGGGCCAUUCGGCUCCGGCAACUCCUUCGCUUCUGGUGGCGGCUACAACCAGCACUUCGGAGGCCCUCCCAGCCACUUCCUGCCGUCUGGCCUGGGUGGUGGCGCCGGUGCCUACCCAAGCUCCCUCAACACGCAGGGCUUUGGCUCGACCCCGGGGUCGCACUCGGCAGGCCCCUUCGAUAGCCGAGCAGCGGAGGCCGCGUUCCAGUCUGCCACCAACGGACCUGCGUCAGCCGGCCCCAAUGCGUCCAACAACUUCUACAACAAUGGGGAGAACGACCCGUUCGCCUUUUUGUCGAGCGGCAUCGGCGGCCUCUCGGUCAGCGGUAACGACGCCCGCCAGAACGGCGGCGGUGCUCCCCCGAGCAAGUCGCCUGCUUAA